UUGCAACGUGCAGAGUUACCUCAGUGUUUCAUUUUUUUUUUCAUUCCGUCUUACCUGGAUUUUUACUCAUGAACGAGCAAUUACAGGGAAUAAAAAAAUGAAUUAGGUCACCGGUAUUAUUGAGUCUAAUAUUGUAACGUCAGGUGAAAUAUUGAGUGGAGAAUUUAAAUUGUUGAUUGAGAUUGAAAAAUUGUGGGUGAUUCAUAUGCAGAGAUUUUUGACAAAGUGCAAAACAUGGCUGAGAAUUUGGGGAAACGACCGUCAAAGGGAAUUUUGAAGACUUCGAGUAGUUUUGACAGCCACGAGGCACCGAGACCGAACAAAGAAACAAAGUGGGAUGAGAUGAAUAUCAUUGCUACACUGCAUCCAGCAGACAAGGAUUAUGGACACAUGAAAAUUGAAGAGCCAAAAACUCCGUACAAUUAUGAGGGAUUUGAUAAUAAGCACGAGGACGAUGAAUUGGACUCCUCGGUUAUCACUGACAAACUCGCCAGGAGCAGCAAACCGAAAAUAUUUGAGGAAUCGAGUGACGAGGAGGAUGAAGAGACUCCAGAGGAGCGAGAGAAACGAAAAGCCUUCGAGGCGAAGCGAAGAGGUCACUACAGGGAAUGGGAGGCAGUCCAGCUGGCUCGGAAGAAACUCCUCGAAGAGGACGAGGACGAGGACGAUGACGAGGAGCUCGAUGACAGUCAACCUCGAGACGAGGAGAAUGACAGCAUCCCCGAUAACCAGAGUGGCACCCUCCAGAGCACAAAGUGCGUGUCCCCUUGUGAAAGUGAUACUCAGUCGGGAUUAAAUUCACCACAAUAAACUCUAUCCCUCGUUCUGCCAAACUCCCCAAGAUGCAUUGAAUUUAUUUUCACUCCUCGACGUAAAAAAAUACAGGUGUAAUGCAUAAUGAGGUAGUUAAUAGCAGCGUAAUUAAUUAAAAUGGACGCUUCCAUUCGAAAAACUUCUUCCAUUAAAACUUGAUGCUCGUUUUACUAGAGGGCAAGUUGUAUAACGCAACGAAAUUAGACUGAGACAUUUGAAAUUGGGAAGAAAAUGUUUCUCUUCGGGAAAUUCAUUACUAAAUUAACGUACAUCUGUAAUAUUGACUAAUUAGACUGUAUGAUUAUUUAUAUUUUCAUUUUUGCAGAAUUAUUGUCGAGUAAUUACGUACAUGAGUAAAUUUUACGAGUAGAGUAUCUAGACAGAGGUAGAGUUAGAGUGAAUAAUUGUGAAGAGAUUAUUAGGAAAUCAGAGCAGAACAGAUGAAACGAGUAGAUGCUGGCGAUAGAAUAAAUUAGAAGUGGUAGGUAAUGAUAAUUUUAUAAUGAAUAAUUAUAAAAUUAUUUGAUUAAGGUGAGUUGUUCCGUGAAAUUCGGUGGAGUCGAUCAAAAUAUCGUAAUCGAUAUUUCGUAUAUGUUGAUCGAUAGUAUAGGAUGUUGUAUGUGAUAAAAAUUUGAUGGAUUAAGGAUUUAUGGUAGAUUAUUCGUUAAUUUCUGUCGAUCGUGGAGUAGCAUGUGAUGUAUUAUAGUAAAAUGCUUUGCGAUAUUUUCGAAAAUUGAGAGCAUAUUUUUCACCCAUCCUUUGCCGACAAUUUGAAUACGUUAAUUUGCUAAAUGUGUACAAUAAAUGAGUCAAUAGAGUUAUUUGUGAUUGGUGAGAGGGAAUUAGUGGCCUGUUGUACAGUUUGAGUUCCACACGCAUUGAUCAUCUGAAUCAUUUGAGAUUACACUCGAAAAAAUUUGGCUGAAUUUUCGGAAAAGUAGAAACAUCUAUAGAAUCUUAGGAUUCUACAACUGAAAAUUCAAAAAAAAUCUGACCGAGAGGAAGAAAUAUGAAUACAAAUAAAAGAAAAUUGAGGAAAAAAUUUUGAAGAGUGUAAUAUCCCCAGAAUAACGAACAGGCUGGAAUAUUGAGUAUCAGAGAUUGACAGUUUUAUACUCGACCAUUAGCUUUAGAAUCAUCACAAAAAAAA